AUGGCAUCAAACCCAGGAAUGUCUGCCAGCGCGAUAAAAGUCGUGGAGCUUGAAGCCAAGAGGGAGGCGCUGCUGAAGCUGCUGGCUGCGAGCAGUCCUCCACCAGCACCAGCUCCUGUUCCUAUCCCCGCUCCUCCGGCCGAGGAGUCUGCCAGCACUAUCAAGGCGAGGAUUCUGGAAGAGAAGGUGGCUGCCCUUGAAGCGGAGGUGGCUGCACCUAAAUCUGCGAGUGUCCUGCGCGCCGAGCAAGCUGAGGCGAAAAUUGCAGCGCUAGAAGCGCGAAUGGAAGAAAUGCGACGCGCGGAGGCAGCGAAGUCGGCGCCAACAAAGUCUGACAGCCAACUCCGCUACGAGAAAGCAGAAGCCAAGGCGGCCAAGUUGGAAGCUCGGCUCGAUGAAAUGCACAGGGCCAAGGUUGUCGAAGCGAAUGCGUCUGCAGCCAAGUCUGCGAGCGUCAUCCGAGCUGAAGAGAAAGAGGCCGAGGUCGCAAGACUGGAAGCCCAGCUCGCGGCAUUCAAAACCGGCAGCACUGCAGCCUCAAGCGGAGGCGCGAAGCCCCCCCUGCCACCACAGCCGCGUGCCACCAAACCAGUCGGAAAGGAUGCCAAAACGGCACAGGUAAAGGGGGACUCGAAGUCAACACAGUUCGAUCUCGCCCACAAUGAGAUGAAGGGUAAUGUUGAAAAGGCUCGACCGGAGACCGAGGCCGCCAAGAGUUCGAUCAUCACCAUCAUCGACAACGUCAAGAAGGAUCAUCCAAAGGCCAAAGUGCGCGUGGGCUUCGUAGCGUAUCGUGACUUCUGCGAUGGCGACAAGCGGCUCCAGGCUUACCCGCUGACUGAGAAUAUCGAGUCAGUUCGCAAAUUUAUCGCUGCGUGCGAGGCAUUCGGAGGUGGCGAUGAACCGGAGGAUAACUCAUGA